GGUCCUUUCCACGCGGACAAAAAACACGGAGAAAGACACGUCGGAACACGUUCCUCCAAACGAGAGGCUGAGACGCCAAUCGAAUCCGUGUUGAGUCGAAACUCGAAGAACGCCUUCCUUCCUAAAAAAGCAUUCGCCAAUCCCUUUUGACCUCGUAAAAAUGGCAUCUCUGAUGCAGUCUUCGUCAGAGAACUCGCGAUUGAUUCGCGAGACGAAACGGGUGCCCGUCUUGAUACCUUCCAACCCUGGCGCCACGCUGCCGAGAACACCCGAAAAGCAAGGUGAGACAUGCCGCAAGAAAGCUGCAUGGCUGAGUCCAACGCAUGCAACCGUUGACGAAAAGAGGGAAGUAUCAAAAGUUCCAGGGUCUUCUGACAGCACCUGCCUCCCUCAAAAAGAGGACAUGGGAAAACGCGAGCCCGCAGAGGUCAGAAAAACAGCAGAAAGCGAAAAGAAGCAAAAAAGUGUGAAACGGAUUUCAGGCAGUAAUGGUCAGUACAGCUCGACGUUCGAAGCGCACUUCAGCCAAAACCUACCCUGGAUAUUCCUUCUCACCCCCCUCCGCCGUUUUUUGGUGGAGCGGAACAGUGGACCGUGUGUGUCGCAAUUCGAAGUACGAAGACAGGGAGGCUGCAACCCCCAGCGACGCACGGUGAACAACAACGAAAGGAAAGAAAAGCUUCACGAGCGACGCUGCGGCGAAGCCACCUUCAGUAUUCUGUCCGAUGUCGUUUGUGCGAAGGAAAAAGCUAGAGGGGUGCGAUACACGUAUCCGAUACAUGAAAAACUGACUCUCAACACCGACGAGGAUGAAGUCGACCACAGCCGUCGCAGCGCCUUCCGUCUCUCCUGGCUGCUCUUCCUCCUGUCCUUUAAAAAGUUGAACUGA